AUGCAAAAUUACAGAGAAGAAAUAUCUUCUUUAUCAUCAACUCAACCACCCUAUGCAGAUUUUAUUGGAAUUUUAUCUCCUCCAAAUAUCAAUUCUCCAAUUAAUACUGUUAUAAAUCCAAUUUUGCCCAAAACUCGAUUACAUCAUGUUUGUGAAUAUUUUAUUGAAUUUCUUCAUUAUUGGCUUCCAUUAUACUUGAUCUUUGUUUUUCUUCUAUUAGCUAUAUGUCAAAUUAUUCUCGCCUGUCACAAUUGUCCACUUCCAAAUACAGAUAUUAACUGGAUACGUGCUUCCUUAUUCAUGAAUAUUCCAUUCGUUUUGGGUGGAAACAACAGUAUGUCUAAUAUACUUUUGAAUCGUUUACCAGUCGAGUUAUUUGAUGAAAUACUAUGUUAUCUUUCAUGUUGUCACAUAUUACGAGCAUUUUAUUCGAUAAAUGAUUAUUUAAAUAAUAUUCUUAUUAAUUAUAAUAACUAUUUCUUGGAUUUAUCUUCAUCGAACAUAUCAAAAAAUGAAAUAGAUCUUGUUUGUUUAUUACUUCGAUCAGAACAAAUUGUUGGAUUGAAAUUUGGUAAAACUAAUUUUGAUUUAGUCAAACGAUUUCUAUCAAAUUUUUCAAAUAAACAAUCAUUUACUCGUCUUCGUUCACUUUGGAUUGAUGAUACAAUUAUAGUUGAUCAAUUAUUUCUAUCAAAAUUAGCAUCAAUAAUAAAUUAUAAUAAACUUAUUUCAAUUCGUUUCGAUCGUAUUCAUCUUAAUAACAUAAUUUUAUUAUCAAGAUAUUCAUUUGAUUCUCUUUUACACCUUGUUGUAUCUUCGAGCAAUGAGUUUCGUCAAUUAUCUAAAGAGAUACCAACUCAUUUGAUAUAUUUACAUAUGUAUUUUGAUUCAACUAAUGAUAUGGAUCAAUUUAUUCGUCCUAAUAUGCAUCAACUAAAAUCAUUGGGUGUCGGAAUUCAAUGCGAUAUAAAUAAUAUCGAUCAAUUUAUGUUGUUUUUUAGUGAUUAUCAAUUGACUCAAUUAAUUCAAUUUAAUCUAAAUUUCAAUGUCGAAAUUAAUGUUCAAUUUGAUAUAUUAGAAGCAAUAUUAUUAACAAUGCGUCGGCUAAAAUAUUUGACAAUAAUAUUGAAUAAAGCAUUGCCAACAAAUAGUGAUGUAUUGAAUGGAAUUCAAUGGAAAUCAUUUCUAUCAACAUCACUCAUUUUCUUGAAAAUAUUUAAUUUUAAAUUUUCUAUUGAACAACAAACAUCCGAAUAUGAAAUAUAUUCUAUUUUGAAUACAUUUCAAUCGAAAUGGUGGUUGAAAGACAAACAAUGGUUUGUUGAAUAUGAUAUUCAUCAAAAUGCUCUCAUUACUAUACCUUAUUUUGCUUCAAAAACUUUUGAUAAUCAUCAUUCAUAUUCAUUUGAUUUAAUGCAAAAUCCUAAAAUAUUUUAUUCAAAUAUCAAUUCUUUAAAUAUUGAUUUAGUUAAAUACAAUGAACUUGAACAAAUAUUAAUGUCUCAAUCUGUAAAUCGACCAUGUUUCAAUCAUGUGACACAACUUUCAUUGAAUGGAUAUUUAACAACUGAUAUUUGUGAUACAAUUCGAAAUAAUAUUGAUCUUAGCAUAAUUAAACAUUUUGAAUUUUCAUCAACUAUUGGUACUAAUCAAGCUUUUAUUCAAUUGAUUGAUAAGAUGAUUAAUCUUUCUUCUAUUCAUAUUCAAUAUUUACAUAGUCUUGAUCUAUUUAAUCAACUUUUAUUACCAUAUUUUUCAAUUCGACAUCUUAUUUUAUUUGAUUAG